CUCCACGGUGACGCCAGCGUAACCGGAGGAGCGAAAGGGCCUUGAUUUCAUGGGAGAUUGUGGUCCUGGCUGGCCCGGCGUCGUCGCGCAGCACUCGGGAUGGGGAGGGAGCAGGAGCUGCUGGAGGCCGCCCGCACCGGGAACGUGGCCGUGGUGGAGAAGCUGCUGAGCGGCAAGAGGGGCGUGCUGGGCUCGGGCUCCGCUUCCAUUCCGCUGCCCAACCUGCUGAGCAUGUGGAAGGGCCUCAACGUCAACUGCACGGACAGCUCGGGGUACACGCCGCUGCACCACGCCGCUCUCAACGGGCACAGGGAGGUGGUGCUGAAGCUGCUCCGGUCCGAGGCGUCGGCCAACGCGGCCGACAGCAAGGGCUGCGUGCCGCUGCACCUGGCCGCCUGGCGUGGCGACGUGGACAUCGUGCGCAUCCUGGUCCGGCACGGGCCCUCGCGCUGCCAAGUCAACUGGCAGAACCACGAGCGGGAGGCGCCGCUGCACUGCGCGGCGCAGUACGGCCACUCGGACGUGGUGUCGGUGCUGCUGCAGGAGCUGACGGACCCCACCGUGAGGAACAGCCGGCACGAGACCCCCCUGGACCUGGCGGCGCUCUACGGACGCCUGCAGGUGGUGCGCAUGCUGGUGAGCGCUCACCCCAACCUGAUGGGCGCGCGCGGCCGGCGACACACGCCGCUCCACCUGGCCGCACGCAACGGACACCGCAGCACGGCGCAGACGCUGCUCGAGGCCGGCAUGGACGUCAACUGCGUGACCGAGAAUGGCAGCGCCCUCCACGAGGCCGCCCUCUUUGGCAAAACGGACGUAGUUCGCCUUCUGCUCGACUCAGGGAUCGACACGAAUCUGCGAGACAGCCAGGGAAGAACGGCUCUGGACAUCCUGAGAGAACAUCCCGCGGUCAAAUCGCAGCAGAUCACUGCAAUUAUCCAGGAAUAUGUGACGGAGGAAACGGAGCGCCGGAGCGCAGCGGCGGCGGUGGAGCCCGUCCGCAAGUGUCCGGUCCCCGCGCCGCGCACCUCCAUCUCCUCGCCCGCCGCCUCGCCCUCCCUCCGGCACAAGAACGACGCGGUGACCAGCGAGCUGUCCAAGCUGCUGCACGAGAUCAAAAAGUGCCGCGACCGGGAUUACUCCUUCGAGGAGCUGUGCCACACCAUCUCCUCGCACUCCAUGGACAGCUUCGGCAGCGGGCGGCUGUCGGACGACGAGCGAGCCGACGUGCCCGACGGCGCCCUGACGCGCGCUGUCAAGGGUUCGACCCCGCCCCUCGCCGAGGCCGAGGUGGAGGACGACGACGACGACGACCGGGCGGAGGGGAGUUGCGGCCCCGGCGGAUUCUGGGAAGCCUUGACCCCCUGCAACGGCUGCCACAAUCUGGGCUUCUCCAACUUGUCGCAGGAUUCCAAACGUUCGGGGGAGGCGCCGGCCUCUCCGUCGCUGGACGUCUUCCUGCCUGAGGACGAGGACGACCCGUACGAGUCGGUGACCACCGCCGUCACGCGCAAGCCGUGCUCGCUGGACGUCGGCCGGCGCCCCGACGCCUCGCCGCGAAACGGUCACUUGUCCCAUGGAGCCAGCCAGGGGGGGCGCGGUGACCAUGGCAACCACUCCACGGGCCCCACUCCAGACUGCUCGCCCCCCUCCCCCGACACGGCCCUGAAGAACAUCGAAAGAGUCAUCCGCCCACAGCCCAAGCAGCGCACGUCUCUGUCGUCCUCGCUGGACGUCCAGCGGCCCGCCAACCACAGCUGCGAGCCCAGCGAGGUCAGCUCGUCCCUGGGCUACGCCAGCUUCGGCACCAGCCCCCCGGCCAGCCCCCCGCUCAGCCCCGGCCGGGACCGGGACUCGGCCGGGUCCGACGACGACCGUCCCCUGGCAGACGACGGGUUGUGCCGUCACGACCAGUCGCAGCUGCCGUUAGAGGACCGGCGCAAGAGUCGCAUCCCGGAGGAGUUCGCGGGCCUCCUCCACGGAUCGUCCCCGGCCUGCGAGACCCCGGAAACGCCGUACCACCUCUACGGACUCGAACCUCGCAAGCACGCCUCCACCGACCUCGACGCAGCCGUCGCGUCGGCGUCGACGGUCCGCGAGGCCGCCGGCAAACCCCGAGCGGUCUAUCGGACCGUGUUCCACACCAGAGUCAACCGGGACCGGCGCCGACCGGUCGAGCCGCGAGCUAACGGCGAGGUCGCCGAGCGUGGGGGAGGGAGCGUGCCCAAGGGUCCUGGCUACGAGGAGAGGGCCUGCACCCUGGGCAGGAUGAGGUCCAUGCCCCGCAACGUGCUGGACCUGCAGCUCUCCAAGUCCCUGUCCAAGUCCGACUCCAACCUGGUCGCCGUGUCGCCCAUCCAGGAGGAGAACAUUUGGGAGUCUGGAUCUCGCGGCCGAGACUCCGGGAGUCCGAUUGCGGGUGGCGGCGGAACGGGAAAGCUGGAAAGAACGCCCUCGUUUACAGCUGAGUGGGAGGAGAUCGACAAGAUCAUGAGCUCCAUCGGAGCGGGAAUCGGCAGCGGGCUGGACGUGAAAGAACACGAUUCAGGUCCCCGAUGCCCGCUGCAGUCCGUGGGCCAGUGGCUGGACUCCAUCGGCCUGGUCCAGUACGAGAACCACCUGCUGGCCAACGGCUUCGACAACGUCCAGUUCAUGGGCAGCAACGUGGUGGAGGACCAGGACCUGCUGGAAAUCGGCAUCCUCAACUCGGCCCACCGACAGCGCCUCCUGCAGGCCAUACGGCUCCUGCCGAGGGUGAGGCCAAUCGGCUACGACGGCAACAAUCCGACGUCGGUGGCCGAGUGGCUGGAGUCGCUGGAGCUGGGCGACUACACCAAAUCCUUCCUGGUCAACGGCUACACGUCCAUGGAGCUGGUCAAGAAGAUCUGGGAGAUCGAGCUCAUCAACGUUCUGAAGAUCGGUCUGAUCGGCCACAGGAAACGGAUCUUGGCCUCGUUGGGGGACCGCCUACACGAGGACGCGCCCCAGAAGCCUCCGCGGGCCAUCUCCCUCCGGGAGCCCGGCGGCAACCUCACUCCCCCCCAGCUCAGCCCGGCGGCGUACGCGGCGGGGGUCCCGGGCGGCUCCCUGGACGUGCAGCACCUCAUCAUGCAGGCGGACGCGCGGCGCCGGCAGCGCAGCAACGACAACUACUUCGACGACGUGCCGCGAUCCAAACUGGAGCGGCAGAUGGCCCAAGUCAGCAUGGUGAGCGAGCGCCGCCGCCGAGAGGCUCUCGUCUGUAUCUCCCGACGCCUGAUUGGCUCUCGUCGGCAGGCGGGCGAGUGGUGCGAGCCCAUCACGUUGCGUCCGCCCAACGAGGCCACCUCGUCCACACCGGUUCAGUACUGGCAGCACCACCCCGAGAAGCUCAUCUUCCAGUCGUGCGACUACGAAGCCUACUACCUGGGCUCCAUGCUGGUGAAGGAGCUGAGGGGCACCGAGUCCACGCACGACGCCUGUGCCAAGAUGAGGAAGUCGACGGAGCAGAUGAAGAAAGUGCCCACCAUCGUCCUCUCCGUGUCCUACAAGGGAGUCAAGUUCAUCGACGCCACGAAUAAGAACAUCAUCGCCGAGCACGAGAUCCGCAACAUCUCGUGCGCCGCUCAGGACCCCGAGGACCUGUCCACCUUCGCCUACAUCACCAAAGACCUCAAGUCCAGCCACCACUACUGCCACGUCUUCACCGCCUUCGACGUGAAUCUGGCGUACGAGAUCAUCCUGACGCUGGGCCAGGCCUUCGAGGUGGCCUACCAGCUGGCCCUGCAAGCGCGCAAGAGCGGCCACGGCUCGUCCACGCUGCCCGAGAGCUUCGACGGCAAGCCCGGCAAGCCCGUGCCCAAGCCGCGCGGCCUCAACGUCCGCAAGUCGAUGGAGCAGGCGUCCAUGGAGCAGAAGGGCCACGCCAACGUGCCGUGGAUAGUGGAGCCGGGUCAGGAGGCCAAGAGAGGAGUCAACACCAAGGCAGUGGCGGACGCUCAUGUCUUUUACUGUGGAAAUCAAAGAAUGUAGCCAGCCAUAAACACACGGACCUUGUCAGGCGUAACACGCACGCUCUUUUCAAAGGACUACAAACAUGGACUCCCUCAUGCCUCUCGCUCUCUCUCUCUCUCUCUCACUCUCUCUCUCUCUCUCUCUCUCUCUCUCUCUCUCUCUCUCUCUCUCUCUCUCUCUCUCUCUCUCUCUCUCUCUGUUCCGCGUUUAAGCUCGACUACAAACAUGUCCGGACCAACACACACAAACACGGGGGAGGUUACCAUGGAGAUGGACAAGUGGGCAUGUGUCAAUUUUAUUUUAUUUUAUUUUAUUUUUAUUUUAUUUUUUUAACGAUUAUAAUUUUGAAUCUACUUCUUCAAGGUGAGAAGACUUGGUAUUGAUGUUUAGUAUGAGCAUAUUACACCGCCCACCGUGAUUAUUAUCUUGUGCAAUGUCGUCCUCAUGUCACAUUAUUUUUCUACGCGCUCGAGACCGAUGGCCGCCCCCUUUAAAAAAAUAAAUAAAUACAUUUUAAAUAACAGAAAAAAGAAGCGUGAAUGUGCGGCCCUCCUCUCUGGACUAUGUUCAACUACUGUACGCUUGGGAGCCGAGGCUGUAAAAUGUACAGAUAUUUUGCCAACUCAUUGUUCAUAGCUGGAAUGUAAAAGAUGAAAAGACAGUUUGUGGCACUGGAAACUCAAAUUAAAGACUUAAAGAAGACGUGCUAGAGGAUUCUAUAGAUGAUGUACUAGGAGUGACAUUCAUGUAAAUAGGCUUGGGGCUUCCAGCACGCUGAUUUUUGUAAUUUUCUGCCAUUAUUUAUAACCCUGUAAAGCACACAUGGAAUAAAAUAUGACUUGUACAACCA